GGUUAUGUGCUAAAUGUGUGUUAACUCCAAGACCUGGAGCCUGUAGGUGGGAUGCGAGCGUUGUCAAGGCGACAAGCUGGGGGGCGGGGCCUGGAGCAUCAUCUCAGAGAGCUGUGAGAGAGAGCGAGAGAGAGAGAGAGAGAGAGAGAGAGAGAGAGCUGUGUGUGUGUGAGAGAGAGAUGCCUAUGCGAAUGAGGGGAGAAACGCGCAGCAUCUCAUCCCGACGCCGGAGCACUACGCCUCCCAUCAGCGCUGUAAACAUGCAGAUGGAUGGACAGACACGCUGAUGGAUUAACAAGAUGAACUCACAAUGAAAGGCAGCUGGGGUGAGAGAGAGAAAGCAGAUUUUCGUUAAACAGAGACAAAACCUCGCGCUAUUUUAAGCCCUGGAGUCUCGGAUCAGAGGCGCUGCGUUUGGAUGAAGAGAUCAGAUCCGGCUAUUCACUUUCGCCUUGUUUCCUGUCAGCCUCAUCAUACAGGGCGAUCUGUCUCUGUAGACAGGAUUCCUCUCAGCAAAAACAACUCGUAUUAAAGGCAUUUGACAGAUGCUUGAUAAAGGCUUUUCAGUUAACAUGAGAAUAUUUGGAGUUUGGCAGUGAAAGGAAGAGCACAGGCGAGGUAAAUACAGACUGUCCAGUGCACACGACACGACACACAAAUCAAGGAUUUCUGUCACCUCCUGAUCUUCUCAUCAUCAGGACUCCCAAGCAUGAUUUUCGGUGUGACCAACCCCAUGAGUACAGUGUCGGGCAAUGGAACGUAACAGACUUUUCCUCGUUGACCUUUGCCACAUCACAGCAACCUGCCAGGGCUGAGAUCACUACUGGCAACACUUCGUCUUCGUCCCUGUCCCUUCUGUUCACCUGACCCCCUAUUCCUGUCCUCUCUGUCCACAGCAUCUUGUCUACCUAAAAAAAGCACGCCUCUUACACUCUAUCCUGGCGCCAACCUAGUGGAUAAUCACUUCACCUACCCCCUUCUUGAUUUGAAGGAUAAAAAAACCAGAAAUGGCAAAAGCAGUCAUGCGCCCACCGCGCUGGUACAAGAAGGACUCGGGCUGUGCCCGCAGAUUGGAUACUCUCAGCUGCGUUUAUGUCCUGUGCAUAGCACUGUGGCUGACUCUAGGUGCGUGUCAGCGCUCUGAACCCAGCGCCAAACACCCGAUUGUCAGCACCAACUAUGGAAAGCUGCGUGGACUCAAAAAAGAACUAAAUAAUGAGAUAUUGGGUCCUGUGGAGCAGUACCUGGGCGUACCCUAUGCCACACCGCCCAUCGGAGACCGCCGGUUUCAGCCCCCAGAGGCGCCCGGUUCGUGGCCUGAAGUGCGCAACGCUACUCAGUUCGCACCCGUGUGCCCACAGAACCUCCACGGCGUGCUGCCUGAGAUCAUGCUGCCCGUGUGGUUCACUGACAGCCUGGAUGUGGCUGCUACUUACAUUCAGAACCAGAGCGAAGACUGCCUCUAUCUGAACGUCUACGUGCCCACCGAGGACGGUCCACUCACAAAAAAACACGAUGAAUCUACAAUGAACCGGCCACGAGACGAAGAUAUUCGUGACCGCAGGAAGAAACCUGUCAUGCUAUUCAUUCAUGGCGGCUCAUACAUGGAAGGAACUGGAAACAUGUUUGACGCAAGCGUGCUGGCAGCUUACGGCAAUGUCAUUGUGGUCACCAUGAACUACAGACUGGGAGUGCUAGGGUUUCUCAGUACUGGAGAUCAAUCUGCUAAAGGGAACUAUGGGCUGUUGGACCAGAUCCAGGCUCUACGCUGGCUCAAUGAGAAUAUUGGCCAUUUUGGAGGAGAUCCAGAGCGCAUCACUAUAUUUGGCUCAGGAGCUGGAGCCACUUGCAUCAACCUGCUAAUCCUCUCCCAUCACUCUGAGGGUAAGAGUCCUGCAGGCCUCUUCCAGAGAGCUAUUGCCCAGAGUGGAUCAGCCAUCUCCAGCUGGUCCAUCAACUAUCAGCCGCUGAAGUACACCAAGACACUGGCAGGAAAGGUCGGCUGCUCAUACAGUGAGACAGCUGAUCUGGUAGACUGCCUGAGGAGAAAAAGUUUCAGGGAGCUAGUGGAUCAGGAUAUACAACCCGCACGCUAUCACGUCGCCUUCGGCCCUGUGGUGGAUGGAGAUGUGGUGCCUGAUGACCCAGAGAUUCUCAUGCAGCAGGGGGAGUUCCUGAAUUAUGACCUUUUGAUUGGCGUGAACCAGGGAGAGGGGCUCAAGUUUGUGGAUGAUGGUGGCUCAGAAAGUGAGGAGGGAAUUUCAGCUGCAGCCUUCGAUUACACUAUCUCCAACUUUGUGGACAACCUCUAUGGAUAUCCUGAAGGUAAAGACAUCUUGAGGGAGACCAUCAAAUUUAUGUACACAGACUGGGCAGACCGUGAUAAUGGUGAAAUGCGCCGUAAGACCCUUCUAGCAUUAUUCACAGACCACCAGUGGGUGGCUCCAGCUGUGGCCACUGCCAAGUUGCAUGCAGAUUACCAGUCCCCGGUGUAUUUCUACACAUUUUAUCACCACUGCCAGACAGAGACACGGCCUGAGUGGGCAGACGCUGCACAUGGGGAUGAGAUCCCAUAUGUGUUUGGCGUACCCAUGAUCGGAGCAACAGACCUGUUCCCCUGCAACUUCUCCAAGAACGACGUCAUGCUCAGUGCAGUGGUCAUGACCUACUGGACCAACUUUGCCAAGACUGGGGAUCCUAACCUGCCAGUGCCCCAGGACACCAAGUUCAUCCACACAAAACCAAACCGCUUUGAGGAGGUCAUCUGGACCAAGUUCAACUCUAAGGACAAGCAAUACCUGCAUAUCGGCUUGAAGCCACGGAUACGCGACAACUACCGUGCCAACAAGGUGGCCUUCUGGCUGGAGCUGGUGCCUCACCUACAUAACUUGCAUGAGGAACUAAUGAGCUCCAGUACCACCCGCCUUCCCCCACGGCCUCCGCACUGGAAGAGCCCUGAUGCCCGUGCCACACGCCCACCAUACCCCACCUUCCCUCCAGAUCCGGAUCUCGAGGGCUCAGAGCGGCCACGUUUUUCUCCAUUUCCAAAUGAUGUACGUGACUACUCCACUGAGUUGAGCGUCACAGUGGCAGUGGGCGCAUCUCUGCUGUUCCUCAACAUCCUGGCAUUUGCUGCACUGUACUAUAAACGAGACCGGCGGCAUGAGGCACGGCGUCACCGCCUAUCCCCACAGCGUGGCGUGCCAGCCAAUGACCUGGCACACAGCCAAGAAGAGGAGCUCAUGUCUCUGCAGAUGAAGCGCUCUGAGCAGCGUGAUGUGGAGCCACUGCGACCAGCAUGUCCACCGGACUACACUCUGGCACUACGGCGAGCACCAGAUGAUGUUCCUCUUAUGACUCCUAACACCAUCACCAUGAUACCUAGCAGCAUCGCAGGCAUGCAGCAGCUCCACGCCUUCAGCGCCUUCCCCUCCACCACUGGCCAUAACAACACACUGCCUCACCAGCACUCCACCACUCGUGUAUAGUACUGCCCACUUUGCCUGUCCCUUCUCCAUCUUUCUCUCUCAUACUCCCUGGUGAAGAAGUACAAUAGGGCCUCCUGGUGGUCCUCUUAUAGACACACAUGAACAGCAAGAAUGAGCUGUAAAUGUUGGAAUUAAGGAAACUGCUUUUUCUGAUGAGACAAGGCUACAAUUAGCAAGGACACUGUCUAUUAAUGGUUGCUUUGGGAUUUUUUUCCACAAUGCUCUAAAUGGAAAGGAAUAGUCCAUCAGGGAAAACAUGACUGUCAUGAAUGGUCUGAUGCAUAGAGAUAGAUAGAGAGAGAAAGAAUGUUGGAUUUUUCUAGUUUUCUUUUGCUCUUUCCUCACUAGGCUGAAAGACAACAUUUAUCAGCCCUACAUUUCUUCUCUCAACAGAUUCCUCUGGUGUUUUUUGUCUUUUUGCUCUACUCCCGCUAUAAUUUUUUGUCUUUUCUCUCAUCGCACUACAUCUUUGUCCUCAUCAAAUCCUUUGAACAUGCACUGUGAUCUAGUGUAAUGCACAGGGGAGUCAUUUUAUACACAACAUAUGUGUAAUAAGCAAAUGAUACACAACAACACAUGAUUCUGUUCUUUCUACCAGCAGUUUUGGUGCCAAGUACUAUAGUGUACCCAUGCAACAAGAUACAAAAAAGUCUGAGAAAAUAACAACAUUGAUCUGGCAACAGAAAGAAAUUUACAAGUGCCAGCCUGCUUACUCUCUUAUCAUAUAUUUGGGUUGUCUUAUUUGUUCCCCUUUUUUGUAAGUGAAAUUAAGUGUCUUUCUCAAAGGC